CGCUCCAACUACGGAGAUGCAGUUGAUGCCGAUCGCAUCGUCAGCGUCUCGAGACGAGAUGCAUGAAAUCACAACAGGAGCUCUUAGCGAAUCUUGAGUCGCGAAUCUGCGUGCAUCCCCACGUCGGAGCCACUGUUCAGGCUCAACACUUUCGGGUCUGUACAAUUCAUUGUACAUAUAAGUAGCGAUUCUGGACACCUGCUGGGCUCUACAUUGACCCAAAUCUUCAAGUUACUACUUCACGUCUCAGGUCACUGUACAUCAACGAGACGCAUCUUGAACGACCCGCAACAUGGCGCUUUUCGCUAAAGACGACGACGGAUUCUGCUACCACAUCGGAGGCAUGGAGACUAGAGACGACUGGUGGGCUUACAGCAGCAGGGACGACAAGACCACCGCCCCGAGACGAGGCAACAGGCGCUGGUGGACUUUGGAUGAUGGCACUGACCGUGUCGCCUGCCAGCAAGGGGAUUGGUGCGUGUUCAAACCGAUGAGCGAGGCGGGCAAUUGGGAAUUUGCCAUGGAGUACGACGAGGACACCAGGAACCGCGGCUACUACUACCUGUCCCUAGGUGGUAACUGGCUGUGCGUGGAUGGAUCGGGAGCGCUGAACUUCAAGGGGUCCGGAAGCUACGUCUUGACUCAAAUGUAGUCGCAGAUGCAAUUGAUAGAUUU